AUGGCGCCCCUCGCCAUGUCUAUCGUCUCGACGCCGCUCGCGGGCGUCGCCGUGCACCGCCCGACCCCCACCGGCGCGGCCGACCGCCGCAUCCCCCGCGCGCUCGCCGUGCGAUGCCGCGCAGCCGCCGCGUCUUCUCCCGCCGAUGCCCCCCCGAUGGGCGCGACGAGGGUGUGGCACUGCCCUCCCCCGGAGAAGGAGCGCAAGGCGCAGCAGGCGUGCUCCACCAUCUCCAAGCUCCCCCCGCACGUGCUCGGCGACGGUGGCCUAGACCCCGCGACGCAGUCCCCGCAGAACCAGCAGGCCUACCUCGGCUCCCUCGCCGAGCGGUUCCUGCCCGUCAACCUCUCGUACAAGGACGUCCGCGUGCUCAACGUCGACCCUCCGGUGUUUGCGAUCCCGCGCUUCGUCCCCGCGGACGAGUGCGACGCCAUCGUCGCCAUCGCCAAGGGGGGUAAGAAACUCGUGAGGAACGUGAAGCGCGUCGAGCUCGGCGCGAAGCUCCCGGCGCCCGUCGCCGACGGCGCCCCGGCGCUUGUCCAGAGGCUCAUGGAACUCUCGGAAGAUUGCAAAACAUUCGUCCGGUGCGACGGCGCGUGGCUGGAGGGAUCCGUCGCGUCCGCCUGGGGCGCGGAUGCGGGCCUUAAAGCCGCUCCCCCGCCCGGUGCGUUCGCGUUCGAGAUGCCGCAGCUGUGCGUCACGGCAAAGGGUAAAACUUCCGAUCCCCUCCCGGACGCGUAUGACACCGACGCCGCCAACGCGAUCGGCUCGCAGCGCAGAGCGAUGGUCCGAGUCUUCCUCUCCGACCCGCCCGUCGACGCGUCACCGGGUGCCGACUUGCCGUCCCCGGGUGCCGACUCCUCGUCGUCCACCACCCCGGACAUCGACCGCGACGCGUACAGCCUCAAGUUCGACAUCCUCGACCUCGCGCUCGCCCCCGCCAAGGGCACCGCCAUCGUCACCUUCCCCUCCUUCGCCGACGGCGCCGCGGAUGAGCGCGCCGCGUGCGUCGUUCGUGCGCCCGCGGAAGGUCCCCCGACGUGCUGGAUGGACCUCCCCAUCGCCGUUGGGCUGGACGAGGGCGGGAUCAGGAAGCCGGUGAGCAUGUCGGACGUCGUGGUGGAGAAGGUUGGCACCGAUGUGAACGUAGGCGACGCGGCGCGGUCGAGGAACAGGCAGGAGUGGCGAGCCGACGUGAAAGGGGCGGGUCCGACGGGCGACGCGGAAGCGACGGAGACGGACGGGGCGGUGGCGGAGGCGGCGCGGAAGAAGCUUGACGAGCUUAAGAAGCAGGGGCUGUGAUUGUUUAUUCAUCAUUCGACGCGCAUCGUGAACGACGACGCCGAGGCCGUCGCCGUCGCGGCUGAAAAAAAGCGUUUGGUAAAAGUCCAGUACGCAUAACGAACUCUCGCCUCGCCAGCCCGCGCGUCGAGAUCGCAGAAAAGGCGAGAUCCCGGUUUGCGAACCUUCCUUCUCACCUCGGCAGAGACCCGGUCGUCAAUUUCGGCAGAUCAGACAACUGUACCCGGCCGCUGAGUCCCCCGAGAUUUCGAUGACUCCCCCGCGGCGUUGUACCGGCGACGAAUUCGAUUGGCCGUCUCGAUCGAUCCAAAAAUAGCCAAAACCGAGACUCCCGGUUUAUCCGAUGCGUCUCCCUCAGCAAACUCGCCAGCCAAUCCGCUGCAGCCAUUCCUGCACGUCGAAAGUAAUAAACUCGACCACGGUUUUCGGUCUCCCUCGGCCAAUCAGAACCCGGAAUUGGCCGAAUGAAAUCCGAAUCCGCGCUCGUGAGUCGAGCGAAGGAACAACUGCGAGCAUCGUCGCGUGGUGGGGGGGCAUAUUCGCACCCGCUUCAACGCAACACACCUCUCAACUCCAACCGAGAAUAAUGUCCUGCAUCGCUGCCGCCGGCCUCAUCCCCCUCCGCGCCGCCCCCGUGCGCCGCGCCGCCUCCGCGAAGUCCUCCAAG